GAAUCCACUCUGCGUAUUGAAUUGAAAUUGAAUCAAAACGAAAGGGAGAUAGAGCGAGGAGAGAAAUGGCGGCAAUAACCGGUGGUAUUCAGGACGUUCCAGGCAGCCAGAACAGCCUUGAGAUCGAAAGUCUUGCUCGCUUUGCUGUUGAAGACUACAACAAAAAGGAGAAUGCUCUUCUGGAGUUUCAAAAGGUGAUAAGUGCAAAAGAGCAGGUGGUUGCUGGCACCAUGUACUACAUCACGCUGGUGGCAAGCGAUGGUGGGAAGAAAAAGGUUUAUGAAGCCAAAAUUUGGGUUAAGCCAUGGCUGAACUUUAAGGAAGUUCAGGAGUUUAAGCUCGUUGGUGAUGCCCCUGCUGAGUCUUCUAGCUAGGUUAAUGAAGACUCUGUGUGGCUAACUUGGCUUGAAGGUGGAGUUACCAGGAUGUCAAAAGCGUGUAAUGUAUGGAAUAAAAGUGGCUAGGUAGUUGCCUUUGGAAUUUAUAUUCAAGUCCUUGCUUAUUAUGAAAUAUGUAUGCUUUUGUAAUCCUUCUAUAGAUUCAAGUACAAGAGAUAUGGUGUAUUAUGCUUAAAUAGUUGUAAUUGAUGCUCCGUAUGUUAGGGGCCACUUCUGUACGUACCAUCCAUAUUAUAUCACCAGUGGAUUUUUUUUUUUUUUGUG